AUGGCUUGCUGCCUGUUGUAUCGUGGUGAUUUUGUGCCCAAAGAUGUUAAUGCAGCUAUUGCCACCAUCAAGACAAAGCGUAGCAUCCAGUUUGUAGACUGGUUUCCCACUGGUUUCAAGGUUGGCAUUAACUACCAACCCCCAAAUGUGGUUGCAUGCGGUGACCUGGCCAAGGUACAGUGUGCUGUGUGUAAGCUGAGCAACACCACUGCAAUUGCUGAGGCCUGGGCCCGCCUGGACCACAAAUUCGAUCUUAUGUAUGCUAAACAUGCCUUCGUGCACUGGUAUGUUGGUGAGGGUAUGGAGGAGGGAGAGUUCGCUGAGGCCAUGGCUGCCCUGGAGAAGGAUUAUGAGGAAGUUGGUGCAUAUAGUGCUGAUGCAGAGGAUGAAGGUGAAGAGUAUUAG